CACUGCAAUACAAACCACGUCUUUGAAACAUUUCACUGAGCUUUUUUGUUCUCUACUCCUCCGCCUGCAUCAUCUCUGGCGCUGCUUUGCCUCCGACCCUCUAGUGUCGGCAGUUGAUUCUCUCUGCGGAGCUGGCAGGAGCGCGCGAAGCCAAUAGCACAGAGUACGUUCCCCGCAGUUUCCCUACAGCUGUCUCGCUCGGACACAGCGGAACAGGAAGGGUGAAACGGAUCGUUCGCACCGAGGAUACUAUAUCCAACAUCCUUAUCCAAGCUGUGGAGGGCAUUUAAACUUUGGUCACAAACAUUAGCAGGACAGCAUUGGUGGACAGCAGCCUUAGAUUCAAUGUCAUACAUUAAGUUUAAUUUUCAUUUUACUUUAUUUUAAUGGCCUCUUCAUUUUGUGUUUUCUCCAGCUAACUAACUUUGAUCGAAUGCCCACGAGUGUUUGUGGACUAAUUGUUAGAAUAAUCUAUUCUAGUUUAAGUGGAUUAGCCUAUAUUAAGGCUGCACAGUUAAAAAGGAUUGCCUUUGUAAUGUUCUUCAGUAGUUCAUUUUUGCAUCUCGUAUAUGGGAGUUUGGACUACACAACCACCAGAAGAUCAAUCUGAGCCCUUUAUCGUCGUACGUUUGUAGAUUUUGGCAACUAUAAGGACAGAAACAAUUGUCUCUCUGUACUUGGGAUUCUUUUAUUUGCUUAAAAGACGGGCAUCGGAAUGGAACUAGUGGGAAUUAACCUGUUCCAACUGGCCUUUAUAGGUAUCCUGCAGGUGGCUCUGUCAACGGGGAAGGACUGCCUGCACGCAGGAGACAUGUGCUCCAGCGACGACACCUGCAGCCCGCGCCUGCGCACGCUGCGGCAGUGUGUGGCAGGCGACGGCAGCAUGAAGCUGGGGCCUGGUGCUCGCAGUCAGUGCGCCAACGCCGUGACGGCGCUCCUUUCCAGCCCACUGCAUGGCUGCCAGUGUAAGAGGGGAAUGAAGAGGGAGAAGAACUGCCUCAGCAUCUACUGGAGUCUGCACCAGUCCAUGCUGCAUGGUUACAACUUGGUGGAAAGCUACCCAUACGAAGCUGUGGAGAAGACCUAUGACUAUGUGCGCCUGGCCUCUAUUGCUGCUGGGUCCGAGGUUGGCAUGACGACGGUUAACCGCUGCCUGGAUGCGGCGAAGGCCUGCAAUGUGGACGAGACGUGCCAGAAGCUGAGGACGGAAUACGUGUCAGCCUGCAUCAAGCCGUCCGGCAAGUCUGCGCCAUGCAACGUGCCCAAGUGCAACAAGGCGCUGCGCAAGUUCUUCGACCGGGUGCCGGCGGAGUAUACCCACGAGCUGCUCUUCUGCCCCUGCACGGACACCGCCUGCGCCGAGCGCCGCCGCCAGACCAUCGUCCCCAGCUGCUCGUACGAGACCAAGGAAAAGCCCAACUGUCUUACCCAGCUGCGUACCUGCAAGGCUGACUACGUGUGCAGGUCCCGCUGGGCUCAGUUCCAGUAUGACUGCCAGCCAUCAGAGCAGUCAGACAGCGGCUGCAUGCAGGGGAACUACAGGGCCUGCCUUCUGGCGUACACUGGCAUGAUUGGCAGCACCAUUACCCCCAACUAUGUGGACAAUGCCACCUCCAGUGUGUCACCACGGUGCACCUGCUCUGCCAGCGGGAACCAGAGAGAGCAGUGUGCAGAGUUCCUGAGCUACUUCACCAAUAAUCUGUGUCUGAGAAAUGCCAUUGUGGCAUUCGGGAAUGGGACAGACAUUAAUGCAACACCAAACCAUCCAGUGCAGCCAAGCCAAGCGACGGACAGCGAAGAUAUGACCAUGAUUCCUCCGGUCGCGGCUGAGACCGAGCGCAACAUCCUGAGCCCUCUCAUGCCUACACAGGCCUCAGAGAAAGACAGACUCUGGGUGGAAUCCACCCUCUCGUCCACCGGUCUCUCCAGCCACGCCAUCACCCCCUUCCACCUGACCGCCUGGACCAGCCUCCUGCUAGUGCCUGUGGUCUGUCUCCACCACUAGUGGGGGCACAGCCACUCUGGACCUCCCUAUGAACUGUGUAUGGGGGGAUGGGCGGGAGGGGUGGAUUGGGGCAUUUGUAUGUGAACUAGGGGAGGGGCGGUGGCAACAGAGCCUGACCUCCCACCUCCCCCUGCACAUAUGGUACAGUUAUUUCUUUACAUUAUCUUUAAUCUCAGCAGUCUGACCACACCUUUAAGGGGUCUGAGGGAAAGACACAGAAGAGAGAGAGAUACAUUUAGAGAAAGUCAAAAGAGACAGAGAUAGGUCUAUUUAUAAACUUAUAUGUGCAUAUUCAAAGACUUUCUCAGUCAGCCCCCACAGAAACAAAACUGCCGUCUUCAAAUAUCAUCAGUUAUACAUAUGUACAGAUUUAUUUAGUGGAACGCAGGGAGAAGGGGUGGGGGGGUCAGGAGGGCUGGAGGGGAUUUCAGGGAGGGGACGAGGGCUCACAAUUAAAAGUCUCCUCUUCAGCACAGCAAAAGUGUGUUUUUGACGUCUUGUUGUCUGCUGGAUGAACGACAAGAAGGGAAGACUAUUUUUUUGUAAUGAUACCCAGAUAUCAGCUCACGUGGAUCGAGGUGGUGAUUCAUGUCAUUUUCAAUCAUUAUUAAAAAAAGAAAUAAAAAUAAUAAUUAAAAAAGCGUACACACCAAAAUGUAUUUUAGAAAAACAGCACAACUAAAUUGAAUUCAGUGCUUGGAUACUUCGUAUUCUUUGUUUUGUACAGUGCCUAAUACAUUUAUCAUGUUUGGAUGAUUAUCUUGAGGAAACAGGGACCCAUAAGAGAGGAACUGGUCUAGUGAAUACUGGGAUUGCACAGAAGCUGAGAAGAGCUGGAUUACACUUCUUUAGUUGUGUGUGCACACCAGUCAGGCCAUUUGUUCAAUACCGUAAAAUUGCAUAAAAUAAUCGCAAGUCAUUCCCACUGCAAGCAAAAGAUCCAGAAGUGGACAUGUUUUUUUGACCACCUGGAAUUUAUCCAGAUAAGGACAGUACUUUAUCCAGAUUGGUCAGUUCUUCACAACCAAUAACUGACCUCUUGGAUUCACAAUGCCAGGGCCGCAUCAAUUACAUUGUUCUCUCCGAAGGACUCUUCGAAUUCAGAGAUCUGUUGCCCAGUCUGUUUGAUAAUCAUUGUGAAGUUUUGUCUUGUACAAAGCAACAGUGCUGUGAUGGAACUCUCUGGGUAGGGGUGGGAGUGGUGUUUUUGACUGUGCUGGUUUCAGGACCUUCACUGAAGUUUGCCACAGGAUCAGGAUUUGGGCAGUUGAUUUUGCACAGCAGGAUACAUGUUAUUUGCUGCAAAUAAAAGCUACCAGAUAAUA